CUGUAAACAACCAGUUGUUAGGUUCGUGAAAAUGUAGAGUUCGCGUGUUUGAUGAGGAUAUAAUGAAUCAUCACAGUCCAAGAUGAUAUGGGUGCCACAUGUAGCAGUGGAGGAACCAAGACCCUAGCCGUCAAUCUCUCCUACACGGAGCUAGAAUACCCUCAAAAGAUUCUCAUGGUGGGGCCUAGUGGAGCAGGUAAAACCCACUUGCUAUACUCCUGGAAACUCGGAUCUCAGAACGUGGUGGAGCCGGUCCGAACGUCCGAUUUUAAUGUGGAACAGAUCCGCGCAACCAGUGGUCAUUCCUUCAUGGUGUUUGACCUGAGCGGGUCCCCGAGUUUCAGGGUGAGGCGUCGACAGUUCUACCAGGGAACAGAAGGUAUCGUGUUCGUGGUAGACAGCACGUGUAUGGGUACCAAGGAGAUGGAUGAUGCCAGACAAGAUCUGGUCAGCGUGCUUCACGACCGAGACCUUGUACAUACACCACUACUUAUCAUAGGCAACAAACAGGACCUCUCAGGCGCCCUACCCCUGGAGGAUCUGGAGGCAGCUCUUGGUCUGAAGGCGGCUUUGACGACAAAAAGGGUAUGGAAAAUGAUAGAGGUGUGUGCUCUUAGUGAGGAAAGUGUACACAUGGCAUUGGACGCUCUCGUGCAAUUAGUAGGAGCCUCAGAGCUCGCCACAACAAGGACAACGUUAUCGACGGCUACAACAGAGCUAGACAAUCCUAAACAGGAAGUAGCCACAACGAAAUCAGACCUGGUCAGAAUUGAUGUGCCCAAAGCGUGGACGAAUUAGAAGGUGGUUUCUAUAACGUCAACAGCAUAUGUUUGUCCACUAGUGUGAACGAAAUUGAUGAAGUUUUCCUCUCGUAUUUUGAGAUGGUUUCUUGAUUUAUGAUCAAGCACCUAAAGAGUACAAAAUCUUAUAUUCUGAGUUGAUAACGUUGGGAGACAACCACAACCGCUGGACCACACACUGAAAGCCGAUAACUGGUGCUUUCGGCAAAUUUUAAAACAGCUGAGUCAAAAGGGUUAUGCAUGGUCAACAAACAUUACAUUACCCGUAGUGUAGUUAACACUUUCUCUGCAGAAUCAUCAGGUGUUAUGAGAGAACGACGAGAUAUCAAUCAACCAAACAGCAAUACUCAGAGAUUAAAUACUUAAGAAGUGAUAUAGCACUUGCUACAGUACAUUUACUGUUGACUGUUGUAGUAUAUAAUAAUUGUAUAUAUUAUAAUGUUGACGUUAAAUCAUUGGAACAGCUACUUAUUACAUCAUAAUUGGCGAGUGAUAGACUGAAGGGGUGCUUUUUAUUCUGGGUUGUAUGAUACUGCAGCUUACUUGUAUCUUGUGAUACUUAUUUUCGAGAAAAGCGUAGAUGAUGAAUUCAACUCUUAGACUAAUAAAAUAGUAUAAGGAAAGGCGAACCCGCAAAUGCAAGUAACUGUAGUACUGCAAUAUAACCAGAUGGUGGAGAGUAGUACUACGGAUUCCAUGUAUCAAUACUAGUCAUUAAACAGUCCCACAAGAUUCUAACAAAGAGGUAUGGACGAAAAACGAGAUGACACCAUUGUGAUUAUCAUUGGUGAGGAACUCGUUUAUAAACAUGGUUCCUAUCAUUUUUUUUAUUGUAUUCUUUAUUCUAAUUGUAUUUAAUUAAUGUGUACAUUAUAUUUUGUUACAUUGUUGUAAACAUGUUUUUAUAAAGCCAUCCGAUUGGUCAUUCCAUUAGUAAGUAGUAUAGUGGAGUUACAAAUAUAGGCUUCUCUUGUGACUACUUGGCGUUUCCCUGAAAUCAAGAAGGGUUUUGAAGAUACUUAAAGCAAUACGUAUUGCAAUACAAAGACAUUCAUUCUGGCGUUAUUUUUAGAUAUAACCAUUCUCAAUACCUAGUACAGUACGUUAGAAGUCAUAGACACUUUAAAAUACGUAACAUUACGUUAGAAAGUCAUAGACACUAUGAACUACUUUUCAUAUCGUUUGAAUACUUGUAUCCAUGAGAGGAGCCUAGCGGAUAAAGAAAUUGUACAGAGACGGAAAAUCCAGUUUAACAAAACGUCAGGAUACAGGUCACAUUAGAAUGCCAUACAUAACGUUAGGUCAUAGGUCACGUUAGAAUGUCAUACAUGACGUAAGGUCAAAGGUCACGUUAUAAUGAUUUACAUGACGUAAUGUCAUAGGUCACGUUAGAAUGUCUUACAUAACGUUAGGUCAAAGGUCACGUUAGAAUGUCAUACAUGACGUAAGGUCAAAGGUCACGUUAUAAUGACAUGCAUAACGUAAGGUCAUAGGUCACGUUAGAAUGUCUUACAUAACGUUAGGUCACAUGUCACGAUAAAAUGCCAUACGUAACGUUAACGUUUUGAAGUUCUGUAAAUAUGAGGUUUUCCUUUACGGAGUAUUAUGCUAAGGAAUUACACUGCAAGACGUCGUCCCCUAAAUUAUUCGAUCACUAAUCGUUAUGAAGUUGAAGGCGUUUGAAGAAGGGAGGAAAGUUUUUUUUAUGUUUACACUGAACCAGUUAUAUACUUGUUUGACACUGGUCAUGAUUAUCAUCAAUUUAUUUAAUUUUGACUUCAGUGAAGUGAAAGUGCUAUAUCAUCAGGUAAUGAUUUCUAGUGCAGCUUUCGUGUUUUACACAGCACCAUGUUAUUGAUGUGCACAUUUUAACUAAUGUAUUGUUGCGUAUGGACUACAUUUAAAAUAAAGCAACUAGUCUGUGUUA